GCUCUGUCAAGCAUUUCCUCGCCAAGCAAAAGUGAUACGAUACUUUCACCAAAAAAAAAAAAAGUCAUACGAUACUUCAACGCCAAAGCCAGAGGUACGACGAUUAUCAUUUUUUAUCUGGGUAAGAGCUAGGGUUCUUGAUCUUAGUUAUACCUCCCGUUCUGUUGAUUGAUUGGUUGAAGUUAGUGUUUUGAAUUAUGGGAUUUCCUUGUUCUUUCUUGAGAUCAUCGUUUGAGUCAGAAAGGUCGGAUUUUUUUGGCGUUUAGAGUAGAAUUGAAACCGCUUCGAUUUGGAUCUUGAGUUUUAAUCUCUAUGGGUAGCAUUGGGGAAUCGUCUGAAUCUGGUGUUCGGGUGUCUGGUUCCCAGCUGGUAAAAAAUGGGGUUUUUCGUGAUGAGGAGAGGUGUCCAAUGCAAGUUUCACAAGUUAGAGGUGGGGGGUCGAGGAAUACGAGCCCCUUGGGGCGUGUGGGAUCAAGGAAUACUAGCCCUUCCAGGCAGAAAGUGAUAAAGACUAAACCGCGUGGUCUAGACGAGGAAACGGUUGCUACAUUUGGCAAAGCUGUUCAUCCUGAUGUUCAAAUGGAGGACAGCAUAUGGGCGAUGUUGCCUGAGGACUUGUUGAAUGAGAUUUUAGCUAGGGUUCCACCAUUUAUGAUCUUUAGGCUUCGUUCUGUUUGUAAAAGAUGGAACUCAAUUCUUCAAGAUGGUAGUUUUCUGAAGUUUCACUCACAAGUACCAUCUCAUGGACCUUGUCUUCUUACAUUUUGGAAGAACUCACAGACACCACAGUGCUCUGUUUUUAGCUUGCCAUUGAAAACAUGGUAUAGAAUUCCGUUUAAUUUUUUGCCUCAGUGGGCCUUCUGGUUAGUUGGUUCUUCAGGGGGUCUUGUUUGCUUUUCUGGACUUGAUGGGCUAACUUUCAAGACUUUAGUAUGUAAUCCUCUCACACAAACUUGGAGGGUAUUACCAAGCAUGCAUUAUAAUCAGCAAAGACAGUUAAUUAUGGUUGUGGAUCGGAUGGAUCGUUCAUUUAAAGUCAUAGCCACCAGUGAUAUUUAUGGUGAUAAAUCACUUCCCACUGAAGUGUAUGAUUCAAAGCUUGAUAAAUGGUCUCUCCACCAGAUAAUGCCUGCAGUUAAUCUUUGCUCCUCUAAGAUGGCAUAUUGUGAUUCCAGGCUGUAUCUUGAAACCCUUUCACCACUUGGUUUGAUGGUCUAUCGUUUGGACACUGGAUAUUGGGAACACAUUCCAGCAAAGUUUCCAAGAUCUCUGUUGGAUGGUUAUUUGGUUGCUGGGACUCAAAAGCGUCUUUUUCUAGUUGGAAGGAUUGGUCUUUAUAGUACUCUUCAGAGUAUGAGAAUUUGGGAAUUGGAUCAUGCCAAGAUUAUGUGGGUGGAGAUAAGUAGGAUGCCACCAAAAUACUUCAGAGCUCUCUUGAGACUAUCUGCUGAGAGAUUUGAGUGCUUUGGACAGGACAACCUGAUUUGCUUUACAUCUUGGAACCAGGGGAAGGGCCUUCUUUAUGAUGUAGAUAAGAAGGUUUGGUCUUGGAUAGCUGGUUGUGCUCUUCAAUCGUAUAACAGUCAGGUUUGCUUCUAUGAGCCAAGAUUUGAUGCUUCAAUAUACUGAGUGGGAGAAAUUCUGUUUGAGAUCUCAGAGCCUACUGAAUGGUAGCAUAGUCCUUUUUCAAUUCUAGAUGAGAGCUGACAUGUUCACGUUUCAUCUUAGUUUACUCAAUCACUUUCUCCUGUCCUGCACAAUCUGUAGGGAUAUUCCUGACUCUUAAUGAGUUUGUGCAUCCUUUUUGCUGGAUUUCAUGAAAUUAGUUUCAAUUUUCCAUACCACUAUGUUUUAGGAUGUAACAGGUUGUAUUUUGUUGUACUGGGAUUCAGGGAUGCACAUCAAGUGAACCUUUUUACUUUCAUGACUCUACUAGGGCUGGUCUGUUGUAAGAUGUAAAUUAUGAAUAUGAUUUUCCAAAGAAUUGUAAGAAUUCUUACAAUAGCUUUUUUGAAAUUCUCUUAUCAAUAGCUGUUAAUACGUUGUGACAACAUUUGAACAAAUGCAAGUGCUGUCA